AACAUUUUUUUUUAAAGAAUGAAAAUAUUCUCUCUGCCAUUGCAUAUUUGUUUUACUGUGUUUCUAGCACUGUAGAAUUUUUUUCUUUUUGUAUGUUCUGACUUGGUAGGUAUUGGCUUUGGCUUUGAAAACAGUUAAAUCUUUUAGCUUAUCCAUAUCUUUAUCUGAAAUUUAUACAUCAGCCUUGCUAAGAAACCCCAAACAGGCCCUACACAUUUUACCUACCCCUUAAUUUAGAACUUUGGCACCAGGUGGAUUCUCCAGCUGUGCCUUCCCAUUUCUCUCACCUUUCUGUCCUCUAGCCUUACUUCACUGGGUUCUAUACUCGUUCUUUUCUACCGUGAAUAUUUACUGAAUUCACUCACCAAGCUCUGACCUAGAGGGUAGUGAUAGGCUCUAAAUACAAGGUGAUCUCUUUGGAGUGACAAAUUCCCAAGUAAUUACAUUUAAUAACGUGUGAUAAGUCCUACAAUGGAGAGGGGUACAAAAGACUCUGGUGGCAUAGGAUUUUUAAAAGUCACUUCUGCUUGGGGGAUUGAAGACUAAGAGGAUGGAAUACUUGAACCAGACUCCUAGAUAGGAAAAGGGCAGAGGAGCUGGGGUGAGAGUCCACGCAGCAAGAAUAGAAUGACUUACUUGCAGCCAUUGCUUGUCCAGAGACUUGCUGGUCAUCUUCAUUUCCUGCUUCCUCCCUCCUAAGUGAUAUAAUCAAGCAUAAUCCUGCCAUCAGCUAUAAUAUUAUGCUGUAUUUUGAAUAGAUAAUUUGAGUUAGGUUUUCCAUUCAAAAGGAAUAAAGAGCCACCGAAGACAGGUCAUUAGGGAGCUGUCUGGCUGUAUUUAUUUAGCUUUGCACAUCUUUGAGUAGACCUAAAUCUGCUCUGGAGGUCAUGUACAUCUCUUUGUCUUUCUUAGUUCUUCCCUUCUUAUCUCAAGACUUACUGUAAAUAAAAAGCUGCUUUGUUUGAGGUAUUUUUAUUUUGGAGAGUGUUAUUUUCUCAAAAUUGAUUUAGUUGUGGCUAAGGGGAAAAACUGAAGAGGCAGCUGUCAGAGAUUUUAUUUCUGAAGAGGUUCAAACUCUAGAAAGAAAAUUACUUUAGAAAGAAGUCAUCUAGCUAAGAGUCUUUAUGUGCUUGAAUUUCGUCCUCAAGAACACUUACCUUAGAAAAUGACUUGACUGGUCAAAGGAAUCAUUAUAGGAAGAAGGUGGGAACAGGCAUCAGGUUAAAACAUUUCAGUUAUGAAUGGGAUAAAAGAAACCGUCAAAAGUUGGUCUUUUAAAAGGAUCCCUCUAAGAUGUUAGCCAUCAUUAAAUAAAGAUGAUCAUUUUAAAAAUUCCAGUUUUCAGUUUGACAAAUGGUUACCAUAAGUCUGACCACCAUUGUGGAGAGGACUCAGGUAUGUGGUGCUCUCACCAUGGUGUGUGUCAUGGAGCUUGUGACCCCAUACUCUCUAAAUGGGGUGUCUGGUCCCUGCUAUAGUGCCGAGUCACACUGAAACAGGAUUGCAAGAACUCCACUAAUAGCCACACUUUUCCAGCCCUCACCAACUCCUUUGCUUAUUAUUCCUGUCUUUCUGGAUGGCAUUUCAGUGGCGGAAAGAAUAAGAAUAGCUUUCCAAGGCCAAAAUAUGAAAUAUUCAUUUUGUCAAGAUUUGGUGUUCUGAAACUGAAAUGCUUUUGCUUGUUUGUUUGUUUUCUGACUGGGAGGGGGCUGUGAAUGCUAAGAGCCCUAUUAAGGAAAAGCAUAUUGCUUGCUUAGAAGGAGAGGAGAACUUUGAGGAAUGAUUAUAUGGUCAGAAUUCUAUUUACAAGUGGGGAGAAAGUGCCAUUAUUUUUAUUUGGACUUUUGUAGUUUACUGGGUUUAUUAGAGGAUAUAUAUUUCAUCAGAUGUAAAGCUGCUAUCUUCUUAGUAACUUCCAAGGAAGUCCAUAAGACUGACCAGAGAAAUGCAGAGGAAGGCAAGAUAUACUGAUGCCCUGUUGUGUACUGGCUAAUACUUGUUUUACUGUUUUAAUCAGUUAUCUGAUUUGUGCGUUGGCCAAAAUUUGCCAUUUUAAGGACAUUUAAGAUCUGUCUUCAUUUUAAUAGAAGGCUAUCGCCCCACCUGUCGACUUGAGAAGUCGUUUUUAAUCAGGACUCUGAAUCACAAGCUUUCCUUUGGCAUGAGAAAGAAGUAACAGCGUCUCGCCGUUGAGUUUUCGCUGUUGGACUAGCUAGCGCACAGUCGGCCACUUCACCUGUUGUCAGCUGCUGUGACUUCCCCACAGCUGUGGGUCAUGGUCGUGACUGCUACAAAGGCAGUGGGACCUUUCCAAAUAGAAAGUUCUCAAAUUGGAUACAACAUAAAACAGGAGCCCCACUUCUCCUACAGAUGCAGAGAAAUGGUGAAGGCGACCAUUUGGAGACAGAGCACACACACCUUAUUCUUCCCGGCAGGGAUACAGUUCAGAAAACUUAACCCUAUUUUUAUCUGUACUUACUGGGAUUAUUUUUACUUGGCAUCUGUAGCAAAAAUAGAAAAUCAGUAAUCCCAGGGAUCUGUGUUGAGCCAUCAUACACGUUAAAGAUUGCAGAGAAUUCGUGUUUAUAAAACUUUCACUCCCGAAUUGAUUUGCUAGAGAAGCCCUUUUCCCACCCCAGUCCGAGGCGAGUACUUUCCUGGAGGCCCUUGAGAUGUCCCGCGGGCUGGCCGCCAAGUGCAGCCGCAGUAGGGGCUGCGGGGCCCUCCGGCACCACGGCCUCGCGCAGCCGCAGUAGUGGCCUGAGGGGCCUCCCAACAGCCACGGGCUUGCGCAGCCGCAGUAGCAGGCGGAGGGGCGUCUAACGGUUACCAGGCGCCUUCCUUCACGCCUCAGAGCUUGUCUCUCGUUUCCUUCGGUUCUCUUCCUCCAUCUCUGGAGUAAGUGGCCAUGAGAUGGGCUGUGGGAGUCCUGCGGGCCGGCCGGAGAGUGGGCGCUGGGAGAGUGAAUUCGCCGUGUCCCCGCCGGCCGGGGGGCCUCCCGCUCACGGGCGCCUGGGCCGUCACCCCCGUGUCCAAGAUGGCAACCGUCAGGUGUGAGCUUAUCAAGAAUUUUACUUCCGAGGAGGCCGUUCAUCACAACAAGGUCUCCAUUAUAGGAACCGGAUCGGUUGGCAUGGCCUGUGCUAUCAGCAUCCUGUUAAGGGGCUUGACCGAUGAACUCGCCCUUGUGGAUGUUAAUGAAGACAAACUGAAGGGUGAGACAAUGGAUCUUCAGCAUGGCAGCCCUUUCGUGAAAAUGCCGACUAUUGUGUCCAGCAAAGAUUACCUUGUCACUGCAAACUCCAGCCUCGUGGUCAUCACAGCAGGGGCACGCCAGGAAAAAGGGGAGACACGCCUUAAUUUAGUCCAGCGAAAUGUGGACAUCUUUAAAUUAAUGAUUUCCAGCAUCACCCAAUAUAGCCCUCGCUGCAAAAUGAUUGUUGUUUCCAAUCCAGUGGAUAUAUUAACUUAUGUGACCUGGAAGUUGAGUGAAUUUCCCCAAAACCGUGUUAUUGGAAGCGGUUGUAAUCUGGACACUGCCCGUUUCCGUUUCUUGAUUGGGCAGAAGCUUGGUAUCCACUCUGAGAGCUGUCAUGGGUGGGUCCUUGGAGAGCAUGGAGACUCGAGUGUUCCUGUGUGGAGUGGAGUGAACGUCGCCGGUGUCCCUCUGAAGAAUCUGAACUCAGAUAUAGGCACUGAUCAAGAUCCUGAGCAGUGGAAAAAUGUCCACAAAGAUGUGAUUGCUAGUGCCUAUGAGAUUAUUAAAAUGAAAGGUUAUACUUCUUGGGCCAUUGGCCUAUCUGUAGCUGAUUUAACAGAAAGUAUUUUGAAGAAUCUUAGAAGAGUGCAUCCAGUUUCCACCAUAAUUAAGGGUCUCUAUGGAAUAAACGAAGAAGUAUUCCUCAGUGUUCCAUGUAUCUUGGGAGAGAGUGGUAUUGCAGACCUUAUAAAGAUAAAGCUGACCACUGAAGAACAGGCUUGUCUGAAGAAGAGUGCAGAAACACUUUGGGAAAUCCAGAAGGAGCUCAAGCUUUAAAGUUGCUUGAAACUACCUUUCUGAAGUUACUGAAGGGAUAGUAAUUAACAGGGUUUUGUAUGUCUAAUUUUUUUUUAUAAGCUUGAAUUUCUAGAAGUUGGAAACAGGAAAGGAAGUAGAGUGAGUUACCUGUUUAUUUAGCCCCCCAGCUUUUUUAUUUAGUAUCCCGAUGUCAGGAUGAUUUUUUUCCCCCACAAUUAUUAAGUGAUUGCAUCAAAGAAGGUGUUUUUGUACCACUAAUAUAGCAGUACUUGCUGUGUGUGUGUGGUUGCGGUUGCUCUUUGGUCCAAAAAGGAUUAGGAUGUAGGUGUUUGUGUUACAGAAAUGAUAAUUUUCAUUAAGUACAUGUUCUUUCAUUCUGGAUGGCUUAUACUUACUGUGUUCAUUUAUAUACUGUUUUUAAGAUGUUGUAAUUUCCUCUACAAUGUAAAAAUAAAUGUACAUACAGAAGUACUUUCUGUAUUGGAGCCGUCAGCUGUCUUCAUUCCCCUGUGACUAUCAGCUGGGCCUUAAAAAAAAAGGCAUUAUAAAACGGAGGCUGUGAGUAGGUCCUGUUUGUUGGGGGGGAGGGGCACACACAUGCUCGUGUAUGGAUGCCAGUGAAGCAGGAUCAUUAGGUUAAAAUAUGAAAAAAGGAGUGAUCUGGUUGGUAGCACUUAUAAAGAGUUUAAUGCAGUAAAAUGUAAAGCUUUUAGAAAGAGGCCUGACAGAUGGCAAGUGUUACUGUCAUUUGUUCAGCAGGGAAAGGAAACAUACUUAAAUUUUGGAGUUGAUAAAAACAAAGCCUGACUAAAAUUAUUUUAGAACUGGCUCUGAGAUCCUGACCUGUUAGCACGUUAAAUCAGGAAGCGUGUUACAGACUGUUCUUGUUAGGCCUGGUUUUAUCAGCAGAGUGGGCCCUGGCCCUAAGAUGCUCCAGGGUCAUCCCUGUUGCUCAGUUUACUUCACAUUAACAGAAAGCUC